CGGGCGCGGCGCACAGCUUGCGCGCACCACUGCCCGGCAUGGAAGAGCGCGGCGACUCCGAGCCCUCCCCGGGCUGCAGCGGCCAGGGCCCGGCCGGCGCUCCCGGCGACGGCGUCGGCGGCGGUGGCGGCGCCCAUCCAUGGGCUCCGGAGGACGCCUGGAUGGGCACCCACCCAAAGUAUUUAGAAAUGAUGGAAUUAGAUAUAGGAGAUGCUACUCAAGUUUAUAUAGCAUUCUUGGUUUACCUGGACCUCAUGGAGAGUAAAAGUUGGCAUGAGGUAAACUGUGUGGGAUUGCCGGACCUCCAGCUCAUCUGCCUGGUUGGCACUGAGAUAGAAGGAGAAGGGCUACAGACUGUGGUGCCUACAUCCAUCAAUGCUUCCCUCAGCCAUAACAGGAUAAGGGAGAUCUUGAAGGCAUCUCGAAAAUUGCAAGGUGAUCCAGAUUUGCCGAUGUCUUUUACUUUGGCCAUAGUGGAGUCCGAUUCCACAAUAGUCUAUUAUAAACUUACUGAUGGAUUUAUGCUGCCAGACCCUCAGAAUAUUUCCCUUAGAAGAUGACACCUAUACUUUCCGGUGCUUACUUAUUCAUACAAGAUUGGACUUGAGACCCCUCAACCUGCUUACUCUUUUAUCUCAGAGACAGUCAGGGUUGACUUAGCUGGUCCCAUUCCAUAAGUAUUUUUCUAAAGUAGAAAACUUUCCCAGAUAGAGAAUUUUUUGUUAUUGUUCAAAAAUAUGGGGUAGUUGCUCUGAAACUUUCUUAUCUGAGACAGUUUAAUUACAGUUGUAUACAAGUUUAUGCCUAGGGUGUUGUAAGUGUUAUCCUCCACUCAUAGCUGCCUCAUCGUUCACUGCUGUUACUGCCAGCUCAUCGUCGAGACUGCCUCCCUUUCCCUAACUCAGCCCUCUCAGUCCUUUGGCCACUACCUAGCUUGGAAUACCUUUCAUAUACACCUUGAUACCUGGAGAGUUUACUUUAGUUUGAUUUUUAAUCCUAAUAGAAAGUAAAACAUUUCUGUAAUUGUUUUUAAUAUUGCGAUUACUGUUACAUUCCUCUUUGGUUUACUUUAAAUCAAAACUAUAAAUAAGCUCAUCCAGAGUGUGACCUUGCAUGUCUAGAUAAAUAAGGACCAGAGAAGUGCUACCCACAUGAGCACUGAGCCUUCCUUUCCCUUCUUAUUACCACAACCCUAUGUCAUAGUAGACUGUUACAAGAGAAAUAGUGGGGGACAGGGUCCGCCUUAAAAACAUCUUUAUGAAGUAGACCCAUUUAUUCCACUUUUGUUAUAAUAUAUUGCAAACAAGUUGCCUAAAGUAUAAAAAUUAUAUGCACAAAGAUGUUCUAAAUUGCAUUACUUGUAAUUGCCCAAAUUAUAAACCACUUAAAAGUUUAGGGCAGUGGUUAAUAAACUUUUCCGGUAAAGAGCCAGGAAGUAAAAAUUUAGGCUUUACAGUCCAUGUAGUCUCUGUCACAGCUUCUCAACUCUGUAGUUUGUAGCACAAAAAUAACAAUAGACAAUAGGUAAACACAUGAGCAUGGAUGACUGUGUUCUAAUAAAACUUUAUUUACAAAUGCAGGACCAUAGUUUGAUUAUAUAUAUAUAUAUAUAUAUAUAUAUAUAUAUAUAUAUAUAUAUCCCCCCAAUGAAUGGUACAUUAUGUGCUCAUUAAAAAUUAGUAAAGAAUAUAAUGAACAUGAGAAAAUAUUAAAUAAAAAAGCAAGAUAUAAAAGUGCAUGAAUGGGUAUGAUCAUGGCUAUAAAUAACACACCCAGAACAUAGUAAAAAGAUGACAAAAUAAAUUACUAGCUGUGGUUAUAAUAGAAUGGCAGGGUAGUCAAAGGAUGAGUUGGUCUUCAGUAUUUCUUUAUUUGUGUUACUUUUAUAAUAAAAAUGUUUCUAAAAAGUAUCUUGAGAUUUAUAUUAGUUAUCUAUCAUUGCAUAACAAACUUAAAAUGGCACCCAUUUAAGAUCUCAGAGUUGGUCCUUUAUAAGGGUGCAGUCAAGGUGUGGCAGGCUGCAGUCUCACCUGGGGCUUGGAGGGGGAAGAGUCUGUUCCCUGCUCGUUAGUAGCAGCUUUUAAUUCCCUGCUGGCUGUUGGACUGAGGGUCUCAGUUCCUAGUGGGCUGUUGGCAAGAGGCUGCUCAUUUCUGCCACCUGGGCCUUGCCUGCACAACUGGUUGGUUCCUCAAUGCCAGCAAGGAGAUUCUCAGCAAGACAGACCUCUUCAUCUUAAAUGACAUAAUCCUCUCACCUUUGCCGUAAGUUGGGUGGUUAGAAUCAAGUCAUGGCUGAUUACUCUAGAAAACCAAAAAUAACAAGAAUGGAAAAUGACAAAAGUAGGGAUAUUACAAAAUGAUAUAAAAGCGUCAUUCCUGGUCUGUCGUAGUUCCUCUUUGAGGACAUUUGAAUUUCAUGUGUUUUUAUUUUUAUUUUUAUUGACAGUAUUGCAGAUGUCUCCCAUUUCCCCCCGACUUUACCCUUUCAAGAAGCCCCAGGCCUUCCCCACACUGUUGUCUGUGUCCAUGGGUUAUACAUAUAUGCAUAUAUGUUCUUUGGUUAAUCUCUUAGUGGAAGGUCUUGGCAACUCUUUUAGAUUCCCCCUGCUCCUCCGGAAAGUCUGAAGAUGUACCAGUUCAGAGCAGUGUGUGUUUCUGAAGCUCUAGUUGUCAAUUUUCAGAUCUAAGAAUUCUCAAACAGUAAUGAUUAAUUCUUAGGGUUUCUCACACUUCAUUCCUUUUUAAAAUAUAUAUAUAUUUCUUUAUUGAUUUCAGAGAGAAAGGGAGAAGGAGAGAGAGAGAGAAACAUCAGUGAUGAGAGAGAAUCAUUGAUCAGCUGCCUCCUGCUUGCCUCCCACUGGGGAUCGAGCCUGCAACCCAGGCAUGUACCCUUGGCCAGAAUCGAACCUGGGACCCUUCAGUCCGCAGGCUGACGCUUUAUCCACUGAGCCAAGCCGGCGAGGGCCCACUUCAUUCCUUUUGAGGCUUUUCAUCAUAGUGCUAGGAAAAUGGUGCAUUUUCAGAAAGAAAUGUAAAGCUUAGUGUUAGAUUUGUGUGUCCUGUCUGAUGCCCAGUGGUUCCCCGGAAUACUACAAGACUGAAGUGUCCUUCAGGUUGACCGUGAAAGCUUUUUUGCAGAAAUUGUUAAAACUGGAUGUCCGGGAAUGUUUACCCUGUUUCAGAAUGUUCCCAGUGUACUUGACCAAAGUUGUUCUGUCCACAGCCAGCCAGAUACCCGCUAAUGUGAAUAAAGGUCCAGAACAGUUUGGAAAGGAGACAACCCAGCUGUAUCUGUCUCAUUUUAGUGGACAACUAGGUAAAGCGACUUUUUGUGUAUGAUCAAGGAAUUUUGUAAUUGCAUUUACAUUCAUGUCUUCUUUUAAACACCUGUGUAUCCCACCACCUUCCACAGUAACUGGCAUAGCUACUAAGCUCUUAAUAAAUAUUUGGUGACUGGAUGAAUGCUGCUGGUAGACUUGUUGAAUUGUAUAGUGGCUUAUUUUUUACCUCAAGGCAAAAGUAAAAUCCAUUUGGACACCAGAGGGCACUGCUAAAUAAGCACACAGUUGUCAGACUCUAGGAGCUGAGCCGCUUGAGAAAUGGUGCUCUUAAAAGUUUAUUUUCAGCCUGUGGGAAAUAGCAUAAAUAAAAAUACAAAUGAGU